UUUACAGUGUUUAAAUCGAUAUAAACAGUUAAAUACACUGUACCGUUUUUGUAAGCGACCCGUUUUUGAAUGGAACGUUAAUAUCUUAACUGACAUUUAACGAACGUUAUGUUAUGUGAGUAAAGCGCACUUAAGCGUGAAAAACAAAAUGUCAAUCUUAUUUCGCCCUCUACAACGUGAUUCAGUUUAUAUUAAAUUGCUCACUGACAAGAAGUGAUGAGAGGAAAGAUUCUUUAAUAAUUCUUUCACGUUUUGCUCAAAACAGUGUGAAUGCAACGAGAUCAAGAAACACACAAACCAGCUGCUAACGUUUAAAUGAAAGUGUAAUAUUAAAUAUAAUUUAAAUGGUAAAUAGAUAAAUGUGAACUUACUAUAUAAACUGUGUUCUUUAAUUAGUAAAGUGAUUUUCUUUCUUUUUAUUAUUUUUCAGGGCUUAACUAUACCAUUUAGGCCAUUAACUAUCACUCUGACCAGUGCACUGACUAGGGAGCUGAUUAAGAUGCACCCAGAGAUUUAGUUGGGAUUUAUUUUCCUUUCUGUUAAUUAUUCUCAUCUUAAACAUGACAGAGUGUCUGAACACAGAGGAAAAACUCCUGAGAUCCACGUGACUCACUAUUAUAAAGAUGGCCUUUAUUAAAGAGGAGAGUGAAGACUUGACGAUUGAAGAAGUCUUCAGAGUCAAACAGGAAGAUACUGGGACACAAACAGUGUGCUGCACCAGUCCUCAGAAGUGAUGCCAAAGUGUCUCGAUCACCCCCAGACCUGAUGGUGCUGAAAGAGGAGAGUCCAGAACUGAAUGAAAAAAAAGACAAAGAUCAGCAUGAAGAAUACUGUGACUUUAAAACUGAAGAAAAAUCUUCUUGUUGCUCACAGACUGAAAAUACUUCGUCAAAAAAAAGAGCUCGAAAGAAAGCAACCGGAAGUAGUUUCAUCUGCUUUCACUGUGGAAAGAGAUUUGAUCAACUAGACAACCUUAAAAUCCACAUGAGAAUUCACACUGGAGAGAAGCCUUACACCUGCGAACAUUGCGGAAAAAAGUUUUAUCAACAAGGAAACCUUAAAGUCCACAUAAGAAUUCACACUGGAGAGAAGCCCUACACCUGCCAACAAUGUGGAAAAAGUUUCAACAAGAAAGGAAACCUUAAAGUCCAUAUGAGAAUUCAUACAGGAGAGAACCCUUUUACCUGCCAGCAGUGUGGAGUAAGUUUCAAUCAAAAAGGAAGCCUUAAAAUCCACGUGAGAACUCACACAGGAGAGAGUCCUUUCACAUGUCAGGAGUGUGGAAAAAGUUUCCUUCGAAAAGGAAGCCUUAGAAGCCACAUAAGAAUUCACAAUGGAGAGAAGCCUUACCCCUGCCCACAAUGUGGAAGGAGAUUUGCACAUAAGUCCACCCUUAAUGUCCACAUGAGAACUCACACUGGAGAGAAGCCAUUUGUGUGUGCACAGUGUGGAAAGAGUUUCCGGUAUCAUUUAAGCCUCAAUAACCAUAUGAGGAUUCACUCCAGAGAGAGCAGUUUCAGAUGUCUGCAGUGUGGAGAGAGUUUCACAGACAGGAGACACCUCAAGAACCAUCUAAUAACUCACACUGGAAAGAAAUCUUACAUGUGCCAUCACUGUGGCAAAACUUUCAAAAACAAAACAGCUCAUGAUAGCCACGUGAGAGUUCAUACUGGAGAGAAGCCAUUUACUUGCCCUCAAUGUGGAAAGAGUUUCGCACUUAAAGGAAACUUGAACAUGCACAUUAGGAUUCACACUGGAGAGAAGCCUUUCGCAUGUCUUCAGUGUGAGAAGAGUUUCAUUUAUAAAAGGGACCUGAAGCGCCAUUUGCAAACUCAUUCUGCAAAUAAUGUAUAGUGUUUUUCAGUGUGGUAAAAGGUUUAGAAAAAGAAGCAAUUUCAAAAUAAUUUAUGUAUUUAUUUAAAUGAUUAAUGAAAACCAUUUAUUUUUGAUCCGUGCAAUAAAAAUUAUUUUGCCAUCACACCUGAAAAGUCCUGCAGAUUUGAGAUUUAUUUAUUGAACUCCUGUGGAAAGAGUUUAAAAGUCCCCCUGUAUUCAAUUAUUGUAUCCUUCAAAACUCAUUUUUGAACAUUAAAAUGGCUUGAAUGUAACCCUAUGCUAGGUAGGGCCACUGUCCUGCAGAGUUUAGCUCCAAGACGCCUGCCAGGAAGUGUCCAAUAUUCCUAGUAAGACUUUGAUUAGUUGGUUCAGGUGUGUUUAAUUGGAGCUAGUACUAAAUUAUAGUACACUGUACAGGAGCAGGAUUGGACACCCCUGCUUUACGCCCUUGUUUCAUUUUGUAUACGUGGAAACAUGAAUAUACAAAUGGAAAGUGGAAAAAUUGGUGUAAUUUGACUGUAUGUGUAAACCAAAAACAAAUUAAAUAGGAAUUCAAAGGGAGAGCGAAUUGUACAGGUUUGUCUACAAGUAGAUGUGUCAGAAUGGUUAUGCAUUUUAUGUAUUACUCUCUUCAGUGUCAUACAUAGGACAGUAAUUUAUGAUUCGCCUUUUAGCAACACAUUAUUGGCUGUUUGAUAAUGUAGUCAAGCCAAUUUUAAACAAACCAUGUUCCCAUUCGCCACUUUAGAGUCAUACAUUAUAAUAUACAUCAUGCAUACAAUUCACCCGCUAUAUUGGUAAAUGUACCCAAUUUUUCCUGACUCUUCUUAAAGGUGCUUAUUGUGCUUGUGCUUACUGUGUUAAGUUUUGAACAGUUAAAAAAUGUAGUUAUUGGUUAGUUUUUUCACCGUGUCAUGCUUUUUUUUUUUUAUUCUGUGUAUUUGAACUAGGGGUGUCCUGGCUAAGGAUUUUCAAAGUAGAUUCUGAAUUUUUGAAUCUUGCUGAUAUUUAAAUCAUAUGUUUGGGGACGGGGCAAAAUACAUUACCAAGAGUCAAGUCAGACAUUCGACAUUCAUAAUUACUAACGUUAACACACAAGGGAAAAUGUGUAACAGACGCCUCACAGAUACAAAAAUAAUGUUUUGAUUAAAAGAUAGUUAACAUUAAAUGUCAGCGAAACCCUAAGAAUUCACUUUUUUCAUUAUAACAUUAUGUAGCCUAUAUGUCAAUUAUUAAUGUUCUGCAUUUCUGUUUUGAGCUGCGUGUGCUGAAGAUGACCAGUAGAGUGAAGCAUUUGAUAGCAGGUUUUUAAUCAAUGGGAUGUAACUCAUCAUUGUUCUAUUCUAGAAUACACUUCAUUAUUUAUACAACAUAACGUUAAUAUUACGACUUCAGGGUAUUUUGUGCAGAUAGCCUAUGUAUCUGCGCAGCUCUAAAUUAACUCCUUUUGUGUUCUCUAAAUUAACUCCAUCCCUCGCUCUCUCUGCUGGGUUUAUCGAUGUGCAGGUAAACUUCACCUUCUUUGCUACAAUCGUCAUCAUUCUGUACGUCAGUACCUAUUGCAGCUUCAAAGUGCACUCUAGGCGACAACCAUUUCUUCAUAGUAGAUAAACACUUCAUCGUUUU